UUUUGUAUUUUUUCUGUAGCAGAAGAAUUUGAUCUUGAUUUGAAAUCUGUACUCGUAUGUGCUCUGUAAGCAGAGCAAGGUGCAUCUAGGGUUUCGUCAAUUUUGUUGUUGAUAUCUGUCACUUCGUCCUUGUGCUAUAGGAAAACACCAUGCUUCGCAGGGCAGAGUCGAAGGAGGAGUUCAAGGUAUGUGGACUGCUUACAUUGGCUUUGUUUAUUUUGUGUGAUGUUUAUCUAGUUUACUAAUUCAUCCUGCAGAUUUGUUUAUGUUGUGUUAGUUGUCAGCGUUGCUUUGCAUUUUUUGUCAUGUGACGUUUUGUAAUUUUUGACUCUUGUUUUUAUUUGAAUCUAGUAGGUGAUUGCAGUGGUCAUAAUGAUACACCAGUUCGCUCUCAUUGUCCUGGUCGUAAGGAUCAUGGUGGUGAUGCGGGACAUCAAUUUAAUUCACCAAUUGAGUCUUCUCCCAUAAGUGUGGCCCCUCCUUCUGGUAUGUGUUUGUUUUCUUUUUUUUAAUUUACCAAUUUGGUUGUAUCCCUAUUUUCUGUUGUGAAUUUGACAUGUGUCCUGUGAGUUUUGAAAUGGAUUGUUCUUAUAAAUAUCUGCUACUUUUUGAUGUUUAUGCUUUGUUUAUUUUGUGUAUGAUGCUUACUUGAUGUUGUACAAAUUGGUGUUGCCUUGUUGUAUCUAGUCCGGCAUUUUUUUGUUAACAAACUUUGAAGUUAGUGUAUGCAGCACUGCAUUUAUAUGUAUAUGUGAACUCCACUUUAUGUAUGUGUGAAUUGCAUUUUUUUAUUCACGUUUUCCAUACGUAUGUGUACUCCAUUACAUUGAUAUAUGAACUGCAUAACUUUUUGUUUGGCUUAUGAUUGGAGCUCUGCAUUUAUAUGUAUAAGUGUACUGCAUUUGUUCUUUUUGUGCACUUUUUAAUGACCAUAGUUAAACUUCAUUUGGACGCAGUGUCUGUUUUUCAUGCUGGGGCGCCUGGGUUUGAGGAGGUUACUCAAUUGAUUAACCAUUAUUUUGCAGAGGGUGACAUUGGUGCUAGCUUUGAGCAGAGAUGUCCCGUCUUGUCUGAAACACAAUCUCAGUCUGUUGAUGGUACAGAGGAAGUUACACAGGAGUGCAUGGUCUCGGAACAGCUUCGUGCAUAUGAAUUGAAGCAAAGGAAGAAGAAGUUGAGGUUUGAAAAUGACUCAAAAGAGUAUGCGGAGAAGGAGAAGCAGAGGAGAGCUGCAGAUGGUGCCAACAAGGGUGCCAAAUUUGUCAAAGCCAAGCAGCCUACUUUGAAGAAGAAGAGACUGAGUUCUAUUGCUGAGGAAGGUGGUACUCCUCGGCGGAUUCCACGUGUUUCUUGCAUGAACAAGAAUCUUGGAAAGAGAAAUGCUGAAGCUGGUGCAAAGGAUGCUCAACGCAAGUGACCACAUGUCAGUGAAGGUCCCAACUCUGACGACGAUGACUUUGUGCUUGCUGAUUUUGUGAGGGAUGCUCAAACUAGUAGACGGAAAGACUGCGGUUCAUCUAAGAAUCAACCCAAGCGUCCCUGUGAUGAUGGUGAUGAAGGUGUUGGUGCUGACUCUGGUGUGGAGCCGGAUGUUGUUCCAAAGGUUUGUUGAAGUGGAUUGCAUUUGUUUCCUUCAUUGUUAUUCUAUCUGUGUUUUUUAUUUGUCUCUUUUUAUGGCUAAUCUUCUAAUGUGGACUGCAUUUCCCAUUACACAGAGGAAGAAGUCUAGUAAGCGCAAUGCAAUUGAAGAUGAUGCGAGGGAAUGAUGAGCGGAGUCCACUCAUCGUGAGAAUAACCCACCUAGCAUGGAAGAUAC